AUGCCACCUUCCUCCGCGGAGUCACGAAUCGCCUUUUUCGUAGCUCUUGACUUUUCUGUUCAUGUUUUGAUCGAUCUCGUUUUUCAGCUUCUCAAGUUGAUUCUUGAUCUUGACGAGGCCAUUGAUAUUGUUACCUUCAUUCCAUUUUGUAGCACCUUUUUCAAGGCCAUGCUGUUUCAGCUUACUCAGCUUGUCGGUGACCUCAGCGUUCAACGUCCCUCUAAGCCUUUCAAGCUCACCGGUGAUUUGGGUGACGCCUUGGCCGAUGGUAUUGGGCUGGUUGUGCAAUAUGCCUUGUUGACGUUGAAGUUCAUUUUCGAUUUUCGCGAGGCCUUUUUUACUUUCACCUUUAACGGUCCAUGUUUCAGUUGCACUUAG